AUGGAGGAUUCCUCCUGCUCGUCCUUGUCGACGGCGGGUCUCGUCGGCACCUCAGCCACCGCCUUCACCAUGCUCGACCACCCAGCCGACCUCGCCCGCGCGUCUGCCACCAUCUUCACCAUGCUCGACGACCCUGCCGACCUUGCCCGCGCAUCCGCCGUCUCCCGCUCCUGGCGGCAAUUCGUUAUCGCCAACCAGUUCAGCAAGCUGCAGUGCCUACGGGCCUACCCGGAGGUCUCGACCUUCACGCACGUCGACGUCAUCACCUCUGGCUCCAGCAGUACCAAACGCCAGGAUCAGCUCAACCGGGAUCACAGGGCGUACACGCACCUCGCCCACGGCCUCCUCUCGCCAUACAAGCCAAGGGACUGCAUCAUCCAUUGCAUCGGCGCGUCCAGCACCGACAACUUCCCUGUGGAAACCAUCGAGAACACCAUCGAGCCCAUGGACCUCGUUGAGUUUAGGCCCUCCUACUGGUCCAGCCGUGGCAACAGGGAUCCUGCCGCACCCGAGUACCUCAUAUACAGGCUCCAGGCGGAUCUUUGCCUCGUCGAUGAGAUCAAGAUGAAGCCCUUCAAAGCACUUUUCCAGAUUGGUGACCCGAUAUAUUCGGCAAAGAGCAUCCGCUUCCAGACGGGCUAUCCAAGGUCACCGCUACGCCCUGAAGCACUCGUUUGUGAUGAAAAUGAGGGACAGUUGAUUGAUGAUAGAAACUAUGUCUGGACCUACACAUCUCCAGAAUUUCCAAUGCUGCAGGAAAAUGUUCUGCAAUCCUUCAAGUUACCACACCCGGUUCUUUGUAUUGGUGGGGUAGUGAAGGUUGAGCUUCUUGGGAGAGUUCAGAAGCAGACAUUUGAUGGCCUCUACUACAUAUGGUGA